ACAUACAGGCAUGCGCAUUGACGUCAAGCUGUUAGCUUCCCAACGACAUGUUUAUUGUUCGAGCAGCUCUACUAUGUCCUAGGCUUGUGUUUAGGUUUGACUAGUCCAAUAAUCCUCAUAGUUAUCUGUUCCUAAUAUAUAAGUUACAAUUUGCAGACAAGUAUUGCACAAGAAGGACAAAUCAGCUCGUGAGGGACCACACUGACAACCAGGGAAGUAACUAUCUUAAAGGCACAACCCCAGUAUCUGGCACCACCAUCACAAUAAUAGGCUAGCUGAUUACAUAAGCGUGUGACCAACUGUAAAGUUUAAGAUCAUCACUUAGGAGAGCCGCAUUAGCGGGAAACUACAACAAAGAUGGGGAACAGUGCAAUCAAAGCCCAUCUGGAGAACUCCCAGAAGACUGGGAUCUUUCAGCUGACAGGGAAAGGUCUCCCUGAGUUCCCCGAGGAGCUCCAGAGGUUGACUGGAAACCUACGGACUGUAGAUCUGUCUUCCAACAAGAUUGAAGUGCUGCCUGCCGCCAUAGGAAACUUCCUUCAGAUGAAGAGUCUGACUUUAAAUUGUAAUAAACUCACAAGUCUCCCAGAUGAAAUUGGGAAGCUUAAGAAAUUAGAGACCCUCUUGCUGAACGGGAACCAACUGAGGCAGCUCCCUAGCGGUGUAGGACAGUUGAAAGCAUUGCGCACCCUCAGCCUGUCUGGGAACAAGUUCCGGGAGUUUCCUGGCGGCCUCGGCUCCCUACGACACCUGGACGUCCUGGACCUGUCCAAGAAUCACAUCCAGGCUGUUCCUGCUGAGGUAGCGGCCCUGCAAGCCAUCGAGAUCAAUCUCAACCAGAACCAGAUUUCAGUGGUGUCUGCGGAGGUGUCCACCUGCCAGAGGCUAAAGGUGCUGAGACUGGAGGAGAACUGUCUAGAGCUUGCCUCCAUCCCUGUGUCCAUCCUCACCAGCUCCCAGGUGUCUCUGCUCUCUGUGGAGGGCAACCUGUUUGAGGUGAAAAAUAUGCGGGACCUGGAAGGGUAUGAGAAGUACAUGGAGCGCUUCACUGCAACCAAGAAGAAGUUUGCCUGAAGAAUAGAGAGAGGGAGCAUCCCCCUGAGUCCAGCUUGUGCACUACACCCAAGUACCCUCCCUAGUGGUUGUCUUACUACAGUAUAUAUGGCUUCUGCACUACAGCAACAGGUUACAACAGCAAGAACCACAGUAGAAUUGAGUACUGAUUGAGAGCAUGCUAUGAUCUGUGUAUGACAGCAACAGGAUACCAUGAAUGGAAAAAGAGAACUAUGUGAACAGUGGACGAUAGACAGUGCAUUCACUUACGAUAUUCAUAGAAAUUGCAUCUUGAAUACUAAUUUACAAACGAAAAUCUAAGCCGGUUAUACUUAAAUAGUAUAGUGGGAUAAAAUGUCCCUCUACAUACAUUGGCUUUUAACUGCAUAUAAAUGAUCUAACAAUACAAUUGUUGCAGAAGUCAAACACCUCGGUUCAGUAUCAAGCAGUGUUCUGCCUGUCAGAUAGUAUAUGUGCCGUGACCAGCAAGCGAAUGAAAACUGUAGUACAGAAUGUCAAAGCAGUGACAAUUGCACUACAUAGACCCAGAAUGAGAUAAUGAUUUUAAAGCUCCAUUUUGCAUUAAGGCUUUACCCUGUGGAUCUGGAAUGGAACGUCACAUUUUUUCUGUAGCUCUGGUCCAGAGUGUUUCUUUUCAGCUGAGGAAAGCUGAUUCAUCAGCGUGCCACACAUAAAACCCUGGACCAGAGCUAGAUUUUUUGGUGCUGUGAAAGUAUGAAGAAAAUCACAGCCUAAAUGUAAACAAGUCUAUACUGAACAAAAAUAUAAAUGGAACAAUAUCAAUGAUUUUACUGAGUUAGUUCAU